AUGCUACAAGAUUUCAUUCAGACAAAAAAGGAGGUAAAAAGGUUCCUCAAAGGCUUCUUGAUGAGUUUAAUGAUUGUUUGCAGAAGGCUGGUUUAUUUGAGAUAUUUGCCUCUAAUGGUGAUUGUUCCUGGUGCAAUAGACAAUGAAGCAAUAGAAGAAUUUUGGCAAAGCUUGAUAGGGUGUUCUAAUGACCCAUGGUUACAGAUGUUUACUGGUACCAAAAUCUCUUGUUCAGCUUCUUCCUCAUCUGAUCAUUAUGGAGUAAUCAUCAAUAUUUUUAGACAAUUUGCAAGGGGUCCAAAGCCCUUCAAGAUGUUAAAAAUUUGGUGCUUACAAGAGGGUAUUUUUGACGUGAUAAAAAAAUCUUGGGAAGUUCCUAUCAUUGGGACUCCCUUUCAUAUACUUCUCAAAAAACUCAAAAAUGUGAAGGCUGCUAUCAAAGCUUGGAAUUUGAAUUCAUUUGGGAAUAUUAAAGAGAGGGUUCAUAAGUCUAAACAGGCCUUAGAAGAUGUUCAAUUAUCACUCCUUGAUAAUCCUACAAAUGAUUUGUUUACAAAGGAGAACCAAGCUAAGGAUGAGUACCAUGAUGCUCUAUCUUCUAAAGAGAUUCUAUAUGCUCAAAAGUCCAGAAUUCAUUGGCUCAAAUAUAAUAAUCGAUGUUCAGCCUUCUUUUAUUCCAAGAUGAAGCAGCACAAUCAAUUCAAUGCAAUUACAUCUGUGGAAGAUCAUACUGGACAGGUAAAAACUCAAACAGAUGAGAUAAGAAAGGUGUUUGUGGAUUAUUAUCAAGGCUUGUUUCAAGAGAAUAAUACUACUUGUGCAUUUGAAGCUACUCCAAAACAUAUCUUAACUCUUGAUGACAAAUUGGUUGUAGAUGCUCCUAUAACAGAUGAAGAUAUCAAAGCUGUGGUUAUGAAUUUCAAACCAGAUAAAGCCCCUUGUCCAGACGGCUUCCUAGCUAGUUCCUUCCUCACUUUGAUACCUAAAGUAGGGAAUGCAGUCAAGCCUAAAGAUUACAGGCCUAUUGCUUUAUGCAACCUCAGUUACAAAAUUAUCUCCAAAAUUCUGGCUGCUAGACUGGCUUUGGUUCUUCCUAAUUUGGUGGGAUUGGAACAAAGUGUCUUUAUUAAAGGCCAGAAAAUUCAAGAUGCAAUCAUUAUGGGACACGAAAUGCUUAUUAAUACUUCAAUUUCAGAGGGGAGACUUACAUUGUCAAAUACUGCCUUGAAAGCAAACUCCAUAUGCUGUCAUACUUUUUUUGCUGAUGAUCUUUUGAUUACUUGCAAAGCUUCAGUUACUAAUACUAGAAUACUUACACAUAUUUUCAAGGUAUUUGGGGAUGCUGCUGGUCUUCGUAUCAAUUAUCAAAAAAGUAGUGUUAUCUUUUCCAAGUUUGCCAGAAGAAAGAGAUUAAUUUUAAACAUGCUUCAAUGCAAGGAGGAUGUCUUUCCUUUCAAAUAUUUGGGGUUACCAUUGAGUUCUAUUGGUUUCAGAAAAUUCCAUUGUAAUGCUCUUACUGAUAAAAUCUCCAAAAAGCUCUCUCAUUGGAGUACCAAGCUGUUAUCUACUGUAGGUAAAACUGAGCUGAUCAAGUCGGUUAUUACUCCUACAUGUCUUUACUGGUGCAGCGUUUUUCAACUUCCUAUAGCAGUCAUCAAUCAAAUUCAAAAGAUGUGUAGAGAUUUUGUUUGGGGAAGCAGGGAAAACAUAAAUAAACUUCAUCUCUUGAGCUGGGAUAUGAUGUGCAGGCCCAAAGAUGAGGGAGGUUUGGGUAUCAGGAAAUUGAAAGAUCUGCAAGUCACUUCUCAGCGUGUCUUAGCUUGGGAUUUCCUAUUAAGCAAGGAUAGGCUUUGGAUAUCUUGGUUUCACCACAGGUAUACAACAUCUUCUAAUUUUUGGAAUGCUAUUCCUAAGAUUUCACAUUCAAUCUUAUGGAAGAACAUGAUUAAUGUUAGAGAAACUUUGCUUAAUGCAAUUCAUUUCUCAAAUGGUGAUGGGUAA